GAGCUCAGGUGCAGGGCCCGGCGUGGCCCGCGAGAACCCGGGGCGUGCGUGCGCGCACCCGGGGCCGUGCGUGCGCCCGCCCGCGCGGGGCCGCGCGUGAACUUGGGCCAGAGGGUGCCCGCUCCUGUCAGCGCGCUCAGCCCGGCCCGCGCGGCCCGAUGCUUUUCCACUCGCGUCGGUGCCGAGCGUUUUCGCCGCUGCACACGGAGAGCGCGGCGGGCGGGUCGCUGAGGGCGCGGGGACCCGGGGGCUCGCGACCUGGGGUUGGGACUCCUGCCGCGCGCACCACCCCCGGACCGGCCCGGGCCCCGGGCCCCCCACUCCCCGGUCCCCCUGCACCCCAAGACCCUGCCCACCUCGGGGCCCCCUGCGCGCCCCAAGAGCCCCGGGCCCCGGGCCCCCUGCGCCCCGAGAGCUCCGCGCACCCCGGGACCCCCGCGCGCCCCGAGAAUCCCUGGCCUUGGGACUCCUGCGCCCCGGAAUCCCUGCUCCCCAAGAGCCCCGCGCCCCGGGACCCCCGCGCGCCCCGAGAGCCUGCGCACCCGGGGCCCCGUACACUCUACGCGCCCUUUGGCUGUAAGGGGCCCUGCCUGGGGCGCGCUGCCACUUGCUGAACCGACUUUGGGUGUCGCCUUUGCGAGCUGUCGUCGUUCCGGUACCGAGACGCGCGGCCUGAGCGGUUCCCGAGACUCAUGUGCCUGUCAUCUUGCAGCGAGAGAGAAGCAGGAAGUUGGACGUGAUAAACUGUGCGUCAAGGGAGCCCAAAGGUGGACCCGCACGACGGGGGAGACCAGACCCUCCCCGGCGAACUGUGGAAGGUGAUUGGAAGUGGAUUCCGAAGCUGCUUUCUCUGCAUAGACGAGGGUUGAGUCUCAGACUUCUCCUGGGAGUGGAGAGAGAAACAGGCACGAGGCUCUGAAGAACCCUCGGGAAUGGAUCGCUCGUCUUUAAAAUGGAAACGUACCCUUGAGGGUUAGCUCAGAGCCAGCAGCGGCCCGGGCCUCCCGAAGCCUGAUGUUCCAGAACCCCAGGGCCUGUCGGCGUGGACAGAGGGCACGGGCCCCAGACCAUGGUCACCCUCAUCACUGAGAAGCUGCAGAACCAGAGCCUGGAUGACCUUGCCCGCAAGAGCUACGAUGCCGGCCCGUAUUCUGCCCAGAAACUGAACACCAGUGGCCACUCGUUCCCUUCUGAGACCGACGAAGACAGGCACCCCUGGAAGGUCGUCGGUGGAGGACAGCCCGUUGGAAGCCAGGGGGCCGCGGGCCCUGCCAUCCCCUUCCCUCCUGGCCCCUGCAGCCCGAGCGCCAGCCUGGGUGCGGUCAGUGCCAGGGACCUCAGGGACGGCGCAGGGCCGCCCUCAGCACCCCCCACCAAGCGACACUGCCGCUCCCUGUCGGAGCCCGACGAGCUGGCGCGCUGCCGGUCCCCGUGGCGCCCCGGCGGCUCCAGAGUCUGGGCUCCUGUCUCCAAGCGGCGCUGCCACAGUGGCGGGAGCGCCUGGCCGCCGGGCCGAGCCCUCCCCGCUGCCAGCUCCGCCUCAGCCCCCGCGCCCCGGCCGGCCUCGGCUUUGGCCAGCAGCGGCCUCCCGGCCCUGGGCCCGGCUCGGCAACCCGCCGGACCUCGCUGGCCCUCGCCGCGCCGCCGCCUGUCCCUGUCACAGGAGCACCUGUUGCCAGUGGACGCGGCCCCACCCUCAGCGGGCAGCACGCCCGCGUCCACGCCCGCGUCCACGCCCGCGUCCACGCCCGAGCUGGGCCGCCGCCGGGGCCUGCUCCGCUGCCGCUCUCAGCCGUGUGUGCGCGCGGGCGGGAAGGGCCAGCGGAAGCGCAGGCGUGAGGAGGAUGCCCGCUGGCCGCGCCCGGCCCUGGACUUCCUGAAAAUGACGCGGACGUUAAAAAAUUCAAAAAGCCUUUGCUCCCUCGAUUAUGAAGACGAGGAUGAGGAAGACGCCCAAGUGAAGACAGCCGUGUCCUCCCCGUGCGACCCGCACGGCCCCAUGAGCACCGCUGCGCCCAGCCCCGGCGACGCCGGCCCCAGCCCGGGGGGCUGGCGGGGGUGGGUGGCUGGUGAGGGCGAGGGCGGGAGUGGCGGGGACCCGAGUGACUGGGACAGCGCUGGGGAGGAGGGCAUCUUCCCCCUGGGCCGCGGCGAGCUGGACCUGGAGCAGAUCGAGAACAACUGACCGGCAGGCGGGGGAGCCCCGGCUCUUCCCCGCGAACGUGCUGUUUUGAACUCGAGGUGUCGCUUUGAUCCAGUCUUUCCUAAAGAAGUGUUCUGCGUUUUUACGGCGUUUACGGUUCCGAGAAAGCGUCUCUAUUUUGAAGUGAAUUUUCGUGAGGGCAUUCUGUUAACAGGGUCUGUGCACAGACCCUGGGGUGGGUUUGGUGAAACGCCUGCUGUGAAGGGCACUGCGCGUGGUUCAGCUGCUCGGAAACACCGGGCGCGUGGCCGGCCCCUCUGUGGACGCGGUCGUCGUGUGCCGGGCUGUUUGGAGCAGGGCCGCGUUGCUGAGGACUUGGGACGGGCCGUGAGGACGUGGUCCUGGCAGCCCUGCUCUGUCACUUCAAUAAAAGGCAUUCAUUUGCUUUGCGGUGUGGCUUCUGCCGCUCGCUUUCCUCCCCAGGUCACGUAGGCCUGGCUGGCCUCGCGUCUCUUUUUGUUCAUUCUAACAGUAAAAUCAUAGGCUUUCUACCAAA